AAAUACGAUCGUGGAAUUUCAGGACGCGUUCACCAACCGCGCUCUAACAUAGUUAUAGUGACAUACCCUCCAUAUCCACGCUCUGGAAACAGCUUGCUCUUGUUAUCUUUCAUAUUCUGGAUUUGAAACCUGUUCAAGAAGUCUACGCGUUGUUAACAAUCCGUGCCUCGUAAAUCGUGACUAUCCAAGCGGCCCAGUAGGAAUCUUUCAUAAUGGCUUUGAUGUAUGGCAAGGAGAAAGAUGCCGACUACGAAAUUGAUAACGCAUCACAUCCCGGCUUCUGCAGUUUCUUUGCAAAGCUACCUCCUAAAUCCCCUGAAACUGGCACCAUUCGACUCUUUGAUAGAAAUGAGUACUAUUCAGUCCAUGGACCUGAUGCGCUCUAUGUCGCAACACACGUCUAUCGCACCAAUACCGUGAUCAAAUAUCUGGGACCUGGUGGACGUGGCGGACUCCCAAGCGUGACCCUUAGCAGUAAUAAUGCGAAGACGUUCCUUCGAGACGCUCUCACAGCGAAACAGUUGAAGGUAGAGAUAUGGGUCCCUGAAGCGGGUCAGGGCAAGAGAGCGACCAAAUUUCGUUUGGACAAAGAAGCAUCCCCUGGAAACUUGCAAGCUGUAGAAGACAUGCUCUUUGUAAACUCCGAUAUCACUUCGGCACCCAUUGUUAUGUCAAUCAAGAUUGCCUCUGCAGCUGGUAUUUCUGGCCUACCCGCCAAAGCCAAGACAAAGACAGUUGGCAUCGCCUUCGCAGAUACCAGUGUCCGAGAGUUAGGUGUAGCAGACUUCCCGGAUAAUGACCUGUUCUCCAACACAGAGACUCUUAUCAUCCAACUCGGUGUGAAAGAGGCCAUUAUCCCUACUGGAACGGCUUCAGGUACCACCGACCGUGACCACGAACUCAAGAAACUGAAAGACGUCUUGGAGCGUUGUGGGGUUGUCAUCACAGAACGCAAGCCAAGUGAAUUCAACUCCAAGAGCAUACAGGAUGAUCUGGUACAACUUCUAAAUGCUAGUUCAAUACCGUCUUCCUCGUCUGCUGUAGACGCCGUCAAAACUAUCCCACAACUGAGUCUUCCUGUAGCACCUUCCGCUCUUGCCGCCCUCAUCUGUUAUCUCUCGCUGCUGUCUGAUCCGUCGAAUCGCGGGGCUUUCACAAUUCGAACGCAUGAUCUAACUCAAUAUAUGCGUCUGGACGCAAGUGCACUUAGAGCUCUUAACCUCAUUGAUGGUCCUGGAACUGUCGGAUCUAACAAGAAUACGACACUUUUUGGGCUGCUUAACAAAUGCAAGACGGCCCAGGGAUCGAGGUUGCUAGGUAGUUGGUUGAAGCAACCUUUGGUCAACCUGCACGCUAUUCGAAAACGCCAGAAUCUCGUAGAGAUCUUUGUCGAAGACGCCAAUGCUCGCCGAACUCUCCAGGAUGAGUGUCUUAAGAUGAUGCCAGAUAUGAAUCGCAUUUGCAAGCGAUUCCAGAGGUCGAUCGCUUCACUGGAAGAUGUUGUUCGUGUGUACCAGGCUAUUCUCAAGUUGGAAGGCCUCAUAUCAACAUUGGAAGGAAUCGAUACAACCCAGGAAUAUAAGGACCUCAUCGAAGAGCAAUACCUCGUCAAGCUUCGCGAAUUUGACAACAAUCUAGCCAAGUAUGCCGAGAUGGUACAGCAGACUCUGGAUCUGGAUGAACUCCAGAACCAUCGUUUUGUCAUCAAGCCGGAAUAUGAUGAGAAAUUGCAAGAGCUCGCGGAAAAGUUGAAGGAGGCACGAGAUGGAUUAGAUGACGAACAUAGGAAGGCAGGCCGAGACCUCGAUCUGGAAUUGGAUAAGAAGUUGCAUCUCGAGAACUCGCCUACGUAUGGAUACUGUUUCCGAGUGUCGAAAAACGAUUGGAAAGCUGUGUCCGGGUCGAAGUACAUUGAGCUCGGAACUUUGAAAAACGGAGCCUACUUCACGACGAAGAUGCUCAAGGAGCUCUCAACAGAUUAUCAGGAGACUACCGAGGCUUACUCGAAAACUCAACGUGAACUCGUCGGACAUGUCGUCCAGAUCGCUGCAACCUAUUCACCAGUUCUCGAAGAAUGGAACGGUCUUUUGGCUCAUUUAGACGUCAUCACUAGCUUCGCCCAUAUAGCAGUCAACGCCCCUGAGGCGUAUGUUAAGCCUACGGUACUAGAGAAAAGUUCCGGGAGUCUAGUGCUUAAAGAUGCUCGGCAUCCAUGUUUGGAGGUUCAAGAUGACAUCAGCUUUAUCCCGAACGACGUUGAGAUGAUAAAGAAUGAAAGCGAGUUCCAGAUCAUCACUGGUCCAAACAUGGGUGGUAAAAGUACCUAUAUUCGCCAGGUCGGCGUGAUAGCACUCCUCGCACAAACCGGAAGCUAUGUGCCUUGCUCUGAGGCUCGUCUCCCCAUCUUCGAUUCCGUGCUUUGCCGUGUGGGGGCAGGAGACAGCCAGCUUCGAGGCGUCUCAACUUUCAUGGCGGAGAUGUUGGAAACAGCUAGCAUUUUAAAGAGUGCGACAAAAGAUUCCUUGGUUAUCAUCGACGAGCUCGGGCGAGGAACAUCCACGUAUGAUGGUUUCGGUAUCGCCUGGGCAAUUUCAGAGCACAUAGCUUCAGAGAUUCACGCCUUCUGCCUCUUCGCAACUCACUUCCACGAGUUGACGGCACUAGACCAACAGAUAUCACACGUAAAGAACCUUCACGUCGUUGCACACGUGUCCUCAUCAGAAGAUGCUCGGAAAGAAAGAGAAAUUACUCUCCUAUACAAAGUCGAACCCGGUGUUUGCGACCAGAGCUUUGGUAUACAUGUUGCAGAGCUUGCGAACUUCCCAGGGAAUGUUGUGAAGCUGGCGAGGCGAAAGGCCGACGAGCUAGAAGACUUCAACACCGAUUCGGGUGAAGAUGAAUCUCAGUUCCCACCAGAAGUGAUCGAAGAAGGCACACGACUUGUUGAAGAGGUUUUGAAAGCAUGGUCGUCGCAGCUAUCGCAAGAUGGGGAGGAUGUCAUCAUGGCGGACGGUGACUUGGAGGAAGACAAUCCAGAAGCCCAACUGGAGGCAUUAAAGAACUGUUUCAGUAAGUAUCAGCCACGCAUCGAGGCUAAUCCAUGGGUUCGGAACUUGGUGGCCUCUCUAAGCUGAGGUGCAAACCUUAACUAAAUCGACUAUAUCUCUUGGACACCGUCUCAUACCCACGUACUCGCUAUAUCUUGUUCAAUGCUUUGCUGUUUUCAUAUUUGCUCUCAGUAGUACGAUGCAAUCCGUAUUAUGAUUUUGCCUGCAGUCUUAUACAUACGCUAGAAACCAGAAACUAAGAAUCUAUGGUUAGAAGC